AUGGUCAUCGGUCUCUUAGUCCUCACAGCCAUCCCGACCACGACGGGCGUGGCAUUCGGAGUCAGCGAACAGCGCAAAGCAAACCAGCGCAGGGAAGAUGCGCGGCGCAUGGCCAAAUUCAACAUCGACGUGGAAUGCGACGGAGACACGGACGACGAUCGCGACGUCAACGGACGAAGAUUAGUAGUCCGAAAUGACAAGGUCUACCUCGACCAUCCAAACCCCAUAGAUCGUUCCAUCCCAGCCUUCACAGCCCUCGCAUUCUACAUCGAAUACCCCGAACUCGAAGAAACCAAACACCUGGACCGCGGCCUCGGUCUACCAACCUACGUAUCCGCGAACCCACCUUUACUAAACUGGAUCUACGCGGACGUCAACACGCACGAGAUGAAAUACGGGAAUCGGUCGCAGAGCGUGGCGCAUAUUGUCGGACCGUGGGAUUGGACGGAGGAUGAGAGGGUGAUUACCCUUGAGGAGAGUAGUGGGUUUGUGGCGGUUGAAGAGGAGGAGGGAGAGUGGGCGCUUUAUUUCGAUGGCGAUGGGGAUGAGUGUGAAGCUAUUUUGGAGGAACAGGGGAAAUUGGAUAAGGCGUUUGUGCCGGUCAAGUUGGUGAGGAGGCCUGCUGAGGAAGAGCCACCGGGGCCUCAGCAGAAUCAAGGACAGAGUUCCAGUCAAGGGCAGAGUUCCAGUCAAGGGCAGAGUUCCAGUCAAGGGCAGAGUUCCAGUCAAGGGCAGAGUUCCAGUCAAGGACAGAGUUCUAAUGAAGAACCAAAAACGACAGAGGGAAAGUGA